ACCUAUAAUGAUAGUAAUGCUGACUCCUGAUUCCAUAGAACAGCACACGCUUCUUCUCGAUGUCUCACUCUAUACAUGAAAUUGAAGUGGCCAAAAUCAAAAUCUAUAUCACCCCUGUAUCGUCUAAGCCGACGCUUCACAUCAACUCUAGCAUCCACAGAAUCAAUUUCAACUGUCCACUGCAAAAUCAGAGAUUUGAUCUCAAGAGGACUCUAUGGCCAAACAAUUGCACUGUAUCGACAAGAGCUCCGUCUCGCAGGUGUCCAUGCAAACGCCUUCAUCAUCCCUUCACUACUCAAAGCCUGCUCUUCUUCGCAGUACCAUAACUAUGGCCUUCAACUUCACUGCGUUGUUCUUAAAUCAGGUUUGGUGUAUGAUCCCGUUAUUUCUAAUGCUCUCAUGCCCUUUUAUGCUAAAUCUUCAGAUGUUGAACUUGCACUUAAAGUGUUCGAUACAAUGCCUUUGAGAGAUAGUAUAUCUUGGAAUUCUAUCAUAAAUUGCUGUGUACAAAAGGGGCGUAUCACCAAAGCGUAUGAAUUGUUUAAGGAAAUGUAUAAAUGUGGUUUUGUACCGAAACCCGAGUUGCUCGCUAGUUUUAUAUCGCUUUGUGUACGUUUAGGGGAUUUGAAACUCGGAAGAGCCAUUCAUGCUCUUGUUAUUGCUGAUGAGAGGAUCGAGGAGGAGGCUUUUGUGUUAACUUCUUUAGUUGACUGGUAUUGUAAGUGUGGUUACUUGUCCAUGGCUUUGCGCCUGUUUGAUCGAAUGGAAGUGAAAAAUGAGGUUUCCUGGACUGCGAUGGUAUCAGGGUGCAUUGCAAAUUUAGACUAUGGUAUGGCCGUUGAUUGUUUUCGAGCAAUGCAAAUGAAUGGGGUUAAACCUAAUAGAAUAACAUUGAUUGCGGUGUUACCAGCAUGUGCUCAGCUGGGUUGUAUUAAGCAUGGAAAAGAAAUUCAUGGAUAUGCAUUUCGUCAGGGGUUCGAUUUGGAUCACCAUUUUUUAUCUUCUCUUAUUCAUAUGUAUUGCAAAAGUGGGAAAUCAAUGCACCCUGCCAAGCUUAUUUUUGAGAGAUCAAAAGUCAAAGAUGUGGUGAUCUGGAGUUCAAUUAUUGGGAGCUAUUCCCGAAGUGGGCAUAGUGUUGAAGCUAUGAAUCUUUUUAAGCGGAUGAGAGCAGAAGGAAUUGAACCAAAUUCCGUGACUCUAUUGGCAGUAAUCACUGCCUGCACAAAUCUGACAGAACUUGAGCUUGGAAAUGCAACUCAUGGAUACAUUGUGAAAUGUGGCUUGAAUUUUGAUAUUUUUAUUGGGAAUGCACUAAUAAACAUGUAUUCAAAGUAUGGCUGUCUAGUGGCUUCGCAUCAAAUUUUCAAGGAAAUGCAUAUCAAAGAUUCAGUGUCAUGGAGUACAUUGAUUGCUGGUUAUGGCUUGCAUGGUUAUGGUAAGGAAGCUUUGUAUCUUUUUCAUGAGAUGCAAGACAGGAUGGUGGAACCAGAUGCAAUUACUUUAAUUGCCAUUUUAUCAGCUUGCAACCACACUGGCCUUGUCAAAGAGGGAAAACAGAUAUUUGAUAAUGUGAAGCAAGAAGGAAAAAUCCCACUGGCUAUAGAACAUUAUGCUUGCCUAAUUGAUCUUCUUGGAAAGUCUGGGAAAAUCGAUGAUGCUUUUGAUAUUGUGCAAACAAUGCCCUUGAAACCUAGUGCAACAAUAUGGAGCUCUUUGGUGUCAGCAUGUAAAACUCAUGGGAGAUUUGAAAUUGCAGAAAUGCUAGCACACCACCUUAUAAAAUCAGAACCUGGGAAUGCUGCUAACCAUACUUUGCUCAGUUUGAUUUACGCUGAAUCAAAAAACUGGCCUGGUGUAGAAGACGUGAGGAGAUUCAUGAGAGCACAGGGACUAAAUAAAACCUAUGGAUUUAGCCAGAUUUCAAUAGGCAACUCUGCUUCAUUUCCAAUUUAGUUUUAUAGUCAGGUUGGUGACGCUUGUCCACCGCAGUAAUGUGAUCAGGUUUUGUGGCUUUUUUUUUUUAAUUUUUUUUUUAUGUAUAAGCAAGUCAAUUUUAUUGAUAUGAUCCGAUAAGUUCUUAGGACACAA